UUCACUACUGUAAUUCAAACCGCAAUACAGUAUAUAUUAAACCGUUUUAACAAAGAUUCUGUCAUUUAAGUGUCAUUUGCAAGACAAGUUGUAUUAAUAAGCAUAUACAUCUAAGGAUAUUUUGUGGAGAGAAUAAAGUGAGCAACUCAUAACAGACGGGGACUGUACACAACAAAAUGUAUUUGAUCGCGCUAAUGAUGAUGUUUAUGCUGGUGCCAGCUGCUUACAGUUAUCCAAAAGGUGCCCCGCCAGGAGCUUGUGAUUUAAUGUCACCAAACCACGGCGUUAAUGUUCAUGCUCAGACUGUUCCGUCUCCCUACACCAUAACGGUUUCGCCAUCUACAUAUGUCUGCGGGGACACCAUUUCAGUAACUCUUAAUGGUACAGCAUUUAAAGGAUUCUUGUGUCAAGCACGUCCGAAUGUCAAUAACUAUUCAACGGUUGGGUCUUUAAGCGACACAGACCCUUCAGUGAUAGCGAGAAACAGAUGUUCAGGGGAAGGUACUUCCCUUACACAUAGUGAGCCCGGUAAUAAAUCUUCCUUCACGUUCUCCUGGACGCAUAGUGGUACAACAAACGGUGACGUCUAUAUCGUAUGCACGGUUGUUCAGAGCAAAUUGGUAUUCUGGAAUAAGUUGACUUCAUCCGCAAUAACAUAUUCCGGGACAGCAACAACAUGUUAAGGGUCUUGUUCCAUUGCUGAUAGUCAUCUGCUUUUGUUGUGUGAAUACAUCAUACCAGACAAUAUGAGGAAAAAAAACUGUACCUGAAUAUGGCAUAUUUCUAAUGAUGCUCCUAAUCAAACAAUUUUAUUCUCUAUUUUUUUCUCAAGUAUUUUCAGUGGAACAUCAUGUACAUAACAAUGAGACUUAUAAUAUUUUGUAUUUCUACCUUUAAUACAUAAAAGUACAUAACAAAGCUGAUGCAAUGGCUAGAAAAAAUCCAUGAUAGGGAGACAAUUACUUCGAAGAACGCAGUUAGUUUGUAAAACCAGAGAUUAGUUUACCAUAUACAGUUUUAAUUUAUACACAUUAAUCAGAUAAUUUUAAAUCCGCCCAAAAGCAUGCCAGAAUUUUAAAGCAUUUGGAAUGAUUAUCACUGAGUGUGUACUAUACUAAAGGUACGUUGCAAUUUGCAGAACAAUAACGUCGCCGUAAAACAACUCGCUCAUAGGUAUGACGUAAAUUCAUAGAAACUUUGAAAUACAAGUUUAAACAGAUUUCAUAGGUUUAAUAGUUUUAGUAUACUAAAUGCAUUAUAACAGCUUUUAUUAGAAGAACAAUAGAGAUGUUUGGAUUACAUACAGAUGUAAAAUAAAGAUUUUUACAUAGAAAUAA